ACGACGGCGGCUAACACUGACGAGAACAAGACGUUGAGGGCGUCGCGGCAGUGAUCACGCCAAGUCGCACGCGCUCAGAUCGCUGGUACUCAGUCCAAGUCAGCGCACACGUUGUCGUUCUCGCGUUUUUGUUAUUUUCAUGGCACGUGAAAUCAUAUUCAUUUAUUUUUAAACGAUACGUACAAUUUUUUACGUUUCACAAGAAAAAUAAUUAAAAGCAUUAAACCAUUGCGUGAUCUGUGUCACUUUAUUGGCGGUUCAGCUCAAAAUAUUUUAUUGUUCUUAAUUUAUUAUUGGCGAAAUGUUUAUUAAAUUGUAAUAAUCAUGUCGAAUAUAAUGUUUAAAGACAAAUCAAAUCGUCGUGUAACGUAAAUAGUACAACAUAAUAGACCAAAAAACGGCAAGUUAAGCUCGUGCGUAAUCUCAGUGGAUUAAAUCGAUCGAACGGCGAUGUUAAUAUUUUUAUAAAAGAAGUUGCAGGGACAUCCGGACGACGAAAAUUUCACCAAGCCCGAUGAGAUCAAAAUGUUGCUGACAUUUCUACUGUCUGCUGUACUGUGGAACUGUAAUUGCUGGUGGAAUGAAGCCAAUAUUUAUGCUUUCGCCGUGCAACCCGGAUAUUUGGACUUUGAUAAUUUGCCAGAAACAAACUUCUCUUGUGAGGGCAAAGUCAUUGGAGGUUAUUAUGCAGACGUGGAAACUGGUUGUCAGAUGUUUCAUGUUUGUACCAUUGGCCAAAAAGCGGAAAUAACCGAUAUCAAGUUUUUAUGUCUUAAUGGAACGGUGUUUGAUCAAGAAACAAGAGUAUGUGAACGCUUAGACGAAGUAGACUGUAGUAAAAGUGAAAGUUUCUUCGACCUGAACUUGGAGUUAUAUGGAAAUAACGGAGCAGGUUAUGGUAUAGCACCAGAAGAACCACCUGAACAAGAGCCAGCUCAAUGUAACAAUGACGAAGAAGAUUGUUCUGGUACUUCAGAUUACUUUGAUGAUGACUCUACAACAGCACAACCUGUUCCGGUGGCAGCACCGCAACCACCUUCGACCUCGACAACUACAACAACAACAACUACUACGACCACGACUACAACUACAACCAAGAGACCGCCAACACCAGUGGGCACAACAAAGUUGCCGCCUAUAUCAUAUCCGACUAAUUCGCCGGAAACAAUCGCCGCUCUUAUAGCUUUGCACAACGCGUUCCAAGAAAGUUUAAAAGAGCGAGAUCACUCACAGCCAUCGGUGCAAAAGCCUUCACCCGUGCCGCCUCUUCUACAACGGUAUCCGGUGUCUAAACCUUUUACCGUGGCCAACAUCCAACCACCACGACACUUUCCGUCCAAACAACAACAAGCACUACAGCCACCGUAUCGACAGCAGCAUCAGCAAAACCAACACCCUGUGGUUUUGUCUUCAGAGCGGUUCGGAAACCAAAACUUUAAACAUGGUUUCCGGUUACAAAGCGGACAGUCGGUCGAACAACCUUCUCAGCCAUCAUUCCAACAGUAUUCGGACGGUCAAAUAUACUACGACGACGGCGAUGACGAAGACGACGCGUCUAGGCGGAACUUUGCCCGCGAAGCUCCUGAAGCUUCGGUGUCAGUUCACGUUCAAGUAAGUUCGUCGUCAUCAAAAAACAGUGCCAUCAACAAUCAACAUCAGAAACGGCCAGCAGUCACGGCGCCCAAAAGCGCGGUUACUGUGCCGCCGCCAACCUCAUCUACGACCACUACUCCAGCCCCUGUAAUAUCGACUACGGGACUGGCAACGGUGCCAUCUCUAUUGCCGUCAGAUGAUGAAGGGGAGCUGUACGACGAGGACGAUGAGUACGGCGAUGAGCAAGUACAAGACAAUGAAGACGAAGAAUUCUUCAAAGAAAUACCGAAAUUGGGUCGGAAAGGACGGCGAAGGAAACGUAGUGCUAUCACUCGGGUUCGUUAUCGGCCUUUUUCUUCGAUACGAUAACCGUUGUACUUAUUUCAUGUGAUAUGUUCGGCUGCAGCUGUUCACGCCGAUAAUAGAAAACAUUUUUUUAUUCUCAUUCUACUUGAUUAAACCACUAAUUAUAAUGAAGUAGAUUUAAAUCAUAUCAGUUGAAUUUCAUUAAAUUAAUUAGGUAUUGCUCAAACUCAUGUACCAUUUACAGCGAAAAACGUUGGCCAUUCAUUGUCUAUACUAUUUUAAUUAUUAUUAUUAUUAUACCUAUUUUUAGUUUUUAUGAUAGUUUUUUUUUAAUUAUAAGUAUAUGUUAUUGUAAAUAUGUUUUUUUUUCAAAAAUCAACUCUUUGUUUUGACCAUUUUUUUGUUUUGUUUCGAUUAGUUAAAUUAAAUAGAUAAAAUAUCGACUUGUCCGAUUGUACUUUAAAAUUUAUUGUAUAACGUUUUUGCGAUCAAAAUAAAAAUAAAUAAAAAUUUAACGCAGAAAAA